UCUUUUUUUGUUGCUUCCAGCAACAAAUUCCAAAGAAGGCAUUAGGCAAGCCCGAACGCUGUGUGCGAUUAGUCUGUCUGGGAACCAGCCGCUCUCUAGUGCUGCUCAGGAGCCACCAGAUCUAGUCACUGCUGGAGUAGCUGGGGCACAAAAAAGGACCUUAGUGAUAAAAUGACGCAACACAGAGGUUAAACUGGGAAGCAGAUGCAAAUGAGUUAGAAAAGAUAUGGAUACAGUAAUUGAAAGAAAGUUGUAAAGACUGACCACGGUGGAAAAGAACUGUCUGGCUCAGAAGGAAGCUUCUAACCAUGCAAUGCAUGCACCUCUGUUGCUGUUUCCUCCGACAUAAACGGAUCGUGUGGAUUACACCUGUUCUAUCCGUAGUGGUUUUCCUGAUUUACUUUACAUUCAUCAUGGAGUACUCCAGUCCAGUGGAGCAUGUGGCAGCUCUGAACAAUGCAGUGUGUAUGUGUGGCCGUUGUAGGCCAGAGAAGAGAAGGACUGAGUGGUUUAACACAUGUUUCAAUGACACAAUAGAUCCUGUACUUGUGGCAAAACACCAAAAGAUACCCGAUGAUGUUAAAAAAUGGUGGCUGAAACUCCAAGGAAGGAAUAAUGCAAGUCACUUUCCUGAAGUUCUUGAGCAAAUGUUUAAGGUUGUGCCAACUGGAAAUCCAUAUGAGGAACAAGAAAACCGUCCAUGCCGAAUUUGUGCUGUGGUAGGAAACUCUGGAAACCUUAAAGGAUCACAAUAUGGGACAACGAUUGAUUCCCAUGGAUUUAUUUUUAGGAUGAAUGGGGCUCGGACAGAAGGAUUUGAAGCAGAUGUUGGCUCCAGGACAACUCACCACUUCAUGUAUCCAGAAAGUGCCAUUCACCUUUCCCAUGGGGUUCACCUGGUAUUGAUUCCAUUCAAACUGCAGGAUCUGAGAUGGAUCACCAGUGCGCUUACUACAGGGGAGAUAAAAUUCACUUACACCAAGGUAAAACCAUUUAUCAAUGCUGACAAAGACAAGGUUUUAAUUUUUAGUCCUACUUUUUUUAAAUACAUUCAUGACAACUGGACCAAGCAUAAUGGAAAGUAUCCUUCCACUGGAAUGUUGGCACUCUUUUUCGCUCUACAUAUAUGUGAUGAGAUAUCUGUAUUUGGCUUUGGAGCAGACAAUCACGGAAAUUGGCAUCAUUAUUGGGAAAAUAAUCGAUUUGCUGGAGCUUUUCGGAAGACCGGAGUGCAUAAUGCAGAUUUUGAAUCAAAACUCCUGACAAAGUUAGCAAACGAAGGGAGAGUGAAACUUUUCAAAUAAACUGUGCCACUAUAUCACAGAUAUAAUAUUUUUUGUAUUUUGAUAUUAAAAUUUCCAUAAAUAAAAUUAUAUAUUUUUCUGACUAUUUGUUAAAAAAAAGUGUCAGUUCAGUUCUGAAGAAGUUGCAGAGAAUUUUACAAAAUGAAAUUUUUUUUUUUACUUUAUUGUACAUUUUUUUUUUUUCAGGAUGCUUUUAGCAACCAUUAUAGAUAUUUUGUAAUUUAUUACAAGUUUUCAACAUUACUACUUUUCUAGAAAGAUCAAGCAUUUGGCACAAGGUUACAAUUGAACUGUUUUCUGCACAAGCAUAUGGCAUAAAAAGCAAAUAAAUGAAAGGACACAGUUUGCAUGAUCCUUAUUAAAAUGAACUGAAAGAUUA